CUCAUGUCACAAACUGGGGCUGAAGUCCUCGUUGUGUAGUUUCUAUGAUCCACAUUUCUACAUUUUCUCCUGCGCGUUUCUAUGACGUACAGCAAUGUAAUUAAAAAACCUAACUAUUGACGGUAGCCUUUACUGCAGUUUCUUUAGGUAUUUUUGUUUGUACAAGCACAAACGGUUGACCCUUACCAGCAAUUAAUAAACCAAAGAAGACAUUAUUAAUUGCAGCGAGGAAUGUUUAUUUCUCAUAUGUUAAACAUUUGGUUUCUCAGCUAGCUUGGAACGAAAACGUGUCGCGUGUUUCUGACGACACGCUAUUGACGUUUGCAUGGAGCGAGGUAGAAAGCUGAUAGGGUAUUCGCUGUAACCAUGGCUUUCCACCAUCUUUCAAGAGCACUUACUGGGCUUCUCGUAGAUACUUCGUUCAUAACUCAUCAGAGGCCCUUUAGUGUGUCCGCUGUUGUGACAGCAAUUCAGAAAAUGACAAGAGUGCGUGUAGUGGAUAACAGCUCUCUUGGAAAUACUCCAUAUCACCGUCCACCAAGAGUGAUCCAUGUCUACACCAAGAAUGGCGUAGGAAAGGUUGGCGAUAGAGUGUUGCUUGCUAUCAAAGGGCAGAAGAAGAAAGCCCUUAUCGUUGGACAUAAAAUGCCUGGGGAUCGCAUGAAUCCACGCUUUGAUUCAAACAAUGUUGUUCUGAUUGAAGACAAUGGGAACCCUACAGGAACAAGGAUUAGGGUCCCUAUACCCACACAUCUGCGUGAAAAGGCGGGGGACUUCUCUAAAGUGUUAGCAAUUGCAAGUUCAUUUGUUUAAUAACAUUAUUCACUUGUGAUUUGUGAUAUUGAAAGUGUUUCACAUCACCUGGGGAGUAUACAAAUAUGUUAUGCUUGUAUAUGUUGUCUUCAUUAAACCCUAAAUGAGCAUACACCUUGUCACAGUUGCUC